CUCGGCAUAUUUUUUGCGCAGACGUCGCCGGGCUUAUUGGAAGGGAACGCGAGGCAGCCCCCAGUAACCCAAACAUGGCGCGCGGUCUCCUCGCCGCAGCCCUCGUGGCCUGCGCCGCUGUCGCACAGGAAGUCCAGAUGGAGGCGCGCGCCAGCGUCCGCUGCCAACUUUGUCGAUAACGAAACUCGAAAUACGAGCGGCGCCCGCGGCCCGGGGGCCCCGGCAGCCCGCUCAGGGCGUUUGCCCGGCCGCCUUGGCGCUGCCCCAAGACGCCCGCCGGUCCGCCGCCACACAACCAAAAAUCACUUCCGCCGAAAAAAUCUCAAAUUGCCCGAGGCCGCUCGGGCAGCCGCCAAGCUACCCCGCGCGGCCACACCGCCACGCCGCCCACACACACACAAAUAAUUUGCCGCGCCGACAUUCCAAAACCCAAAUGCCCAUCGCAGAUCGCCCCCGACGUCGAGGUCGAGCAGCGCCCCCAGUUCCUCUACGCGAACAUCUCGCCGAAACUAAGAAUUAAGGGCAAGGGCUUCGGCAAGGACGCCUCCGGCGUGCACCCCGUCUUCGUCCCUCCGCUCGAGAAGAAUGGCAAGCGCUUCUACAACCUGACCGUCACGGACACGGUCAUCUCGAUCGGCCUCAAGAAGGGCAUGCGCUGGCCCACGUCGACGACCGGUGAGUCGUCGACGCUGUUCCUCCAGUCCCUGGUCGUCGACCAGCACGGCUCGAGCAACCAGCUCAAGAACGCCGUGCCCGUGGCUACGAUCAUCGAGCCGCCGUCCGUCGUGCGCGGCGAGGACAAGCUCAUCUACAUGACGGGCACGAACCGCUUCCUCAUCAACGGCACUCACUUCCGCGAGGGCAACAUGGCUUUGACUUUUGAUCCCCCUCUCGUGAGGGAUGUCGAUUACGCGUUGGCGGUCCGCUCGCCGACGGCCAUGCAGCUCGUGCUCAAGACCGAUAGAAAGUGGCGCUCCGACGGCGAGCCCGGGCCUCUCAGAUUGCGCCGCAUCGACUCCGGCGCCGGCGCUCUUAGAAUUGACCCCCGCUUCGGCGGCGUGACGGUCGCCGAGGUCCAGGUUGAUCUUGGUGGACAUGGUGUGACUGCUAGCGCCAAUCCGACGAAGCUCAUGUACCAGAACGCCCCCAGCUUAGAGAUCAAGGGCUCGGGCUUCGCGCACGUCGAGCAGGUCGACAACUUCGGCCCGCCCAGACUCCGCUGGGCCAACGGCUUACUGGGCCGCGGCGUCAACUACACGGUGUCUUCGUAUGAUGACAACAAGCUCGAGCUCGUGCUCAAGCCCGGUUCGGUGUGGCGCCGCAACGGCGCGAACCUGCCCGCGCCUCUCACGUUGCUGGCGGCGGACGUCGGCUCCGGCCUCGUGGCCAUCGGCGCCACGGAAGCGAGAAAGGGCAUCCGCGUGGCCACGAUCUUCGAGUGCCCCAAGGUGAACCCCCAGCCUCUUACCUCGCUCUUCCGCACGCACAGUGCGCAGCUCUGGAUCACGGGCGUCGGCUUCACGCGGUCGGACACGCGCAACGGCGUGGGUGGGGAGGUCAAGAUCGACUUCGAGCCCGCUUUGAAGGUCGGCGUCGACUACAUGCUCACGGUCUUCAACCGCACGCACAUGCUCGUCAGACUGCGCGAGGGCCGCGCCUGGGCGGCGCAGCCCGGCCCGCUCUACGUCGUCGGCAUGGACUCGGGCGCGGGCCAGUACGAGGGCUUCAAGCCCGCGGCGGUCGCGCACGUCGUGCCCGACGCCGACUCGCACCCCUCUGGCGUCGAGAUCCAGCGCACGAACUCCCAGGUGCUCUACCAGACGCCGGCCAUCCGCCACCUCGAGAUCCACGGCACGUCUUUGUCUGUGGAUGCGCAGCUGACCUUCUCGCCGCCCUUGACCAAGGGCGUCGACUACAAAGUUUUAAGGGCCACGUCGGACGUCAUGGUCCUCGGCCUGCUCGCGGGCAAGAUGUGGCGCCAGACGGCGGGCCAGCUCAUGCUCAUGUCCGUGGACACGGGCAGCGGCCCGGUCGAGAUGGCCCACGGCACGGGUAUUGUGGUUGCGGACGUGUCCGCCAACCCGACCGUCGCGACGUCCACGGCGCGCAUCACGACCUCCACCACUCGCCGAUUGUCGAUCUACGGCACGGGCUUUGCGAUUGACGGCACGGAGCUCACCCUGGAACCCACCAGCAGAGCAGCCUACGACGUCGAGGCGGUGUACGAGAACGAAGUUGUCUUACGGUUACGGGAAGGCAAGUCCUGGGCCGCGCUCGGUUCCGCCGAGUCCAUGCCCCUGGUCGUCACGAAGAUCGACACGGCCGCCGGCGAGUACAUCUUCCAGGACUCGAACGGCAAGCCCGCGCCCGUCACGGUCGCGCUCGUCGUCCCCGACAGCGCGGCCACGACCGCGAGCGGCGACGUCAUGCGCUGCGACGACACGUGCAUGUGGGCCAAUGACGGCGUCUGCGACGACGGCUCGCAGGGCGCGCGGACCAAGAAGGACCAGGACAAGGGCGGCGCCUGGUGGGAGGACGACGACCUCGGGGGCUGGUACUCGGACGAGCUCGCCGAGGAUCUCGGAGAUGAGUACGACUACGGGUACGACUACGACGACGCCUACGGCUACUAUGGCGACGACGCGGCCAUGCCGGCGUGCGUGCGGGGCACGGACUGCACGGACUGCGGCGGUCCCUUGGAAUUGAUGGGCGGCGACGACGACGCCGCCGGUUCCACCGAACCCUUGGGCGACUGGGACGACGACGAGUGGUUCGACGAUGAUAGCGAGGAGUGGUGGGACGACGACUACGACUUCGGCAAGGACUGGGACGGGUUUGAAGAUGAUGAGUCCGGCGCCUUGGGCAUUAUCUCGUCGACGCAGCCCACGACAAACGUGAACAAGCGCCACAUGACGCCGGAGCAGCGCGCCGCGGCGCGGCGGGGCGCGGGCUUCAGUUUCGCGGACCACCCCGCGCUCUCGGCGGUCGCCGCUUUGGUGGGCGCGCUCGCGGCGGCCUACGGCUGCGCGACGAUGCGGCGGUCCGACGAGGCGCCCAAGGAGAACCCGUGCUGCGGCGGCAAGUACAAGGAGGCCCAGGCAUAAGCAUUCGACGCCCCCCGAUCCCUCCUCCCCCUCGUCGAUGUGUAAAUCCUACGGUCUUUUUA